AAAAGGCCGGAAGUGGGGUUGGACAGGUUAUUCCCCAGGGUGGGGAAGCAGAGGCCCUGGAGGAAGGGGAGGAUAAGAAGCCAGAGGAUUCUGGCCACACUCCGAAUCGUGUACCGGAUCUCUUAGACCUCAGAGUCGCAGAAAAAGGGAAGGGUGUCUCAUCCCGCUUCCUCGCUUUUCGUUCUAGCCAUGGCGGAGGCAGGGGCCGGGCUGAGUGAGACCGUCACUGAGACAACGGUUACCGUGACAACCGAGCCCGAGAAUCGGAGCCUAACCAUUAAACUUCGGAAACGGAAGCCAGAGAAAAAGGUGGAAUGGACUAGUGACACUGUGGACAAUGAACAUAUGGGGCGCCGCUCAUCAAAAUGCUGCUGUAUCUAUGAGAAACCUCGGGCCUUUGGUGAGAGCUCCACUGAGAGUGAGGAGGAUGAAGAAGAAGGCUGUGGUCAUACACACUGUGUGCGGGGUCACCGCAAAGGCCGGCGACAUUCAGCCCCAGGACCCACCCCAACCAGCCCUCCCCAGCCUCCUGACCCGUCUCAGCCCCCUCCAGGACCUAUGCAGCACUAAAUUCCUCUCACCAUUCAUGUGUCUGCCUGGCCCCAAAUGUAUCCAUGUGACUACAUGGGGACUCAACCCAUGGUCUGAUCCCUUCUCCUGCCCCCUCCUGCCCCCUCCUGCCUGAAUAGAGAAGAGGAAGAGGAGGGUGGAUAGAGAUUCUGGAAUUCUGACUUGCUGCUGUUCCGGAACCCAGGCUUCUGGGUUCUCCCAGACUCUACUUCCCUACAGUUUGCUCUGUGCCUGGGAUCCAGGCACCUUGGUCUCAGUCUGUCCCUUUUGUUCUCACUGCCAAAAUACCUGUCCUGGGAUCCAGUUAUCUUGGCCACCUGCACCCUUAGCCUGAGUCCCAAGCAUUUAAACUGGGUUUUCAGCAGCCCCAGCUUUCACUGCCAGGACCCCAGUCAGAUUCCAAGCCAUCUUGCACCCCAGCUCUGCAUAUUAAUCCUGGCUUACAGUUCUUCUACUUAUGCAGUUAUCCUAAAUCUUAGGCCUUGCCUGUGGGAAUCUAAGGCUUUAUGGACACCAUGGGGUUCCCCAACCCUUCUGCUCGUACACACCCCUUCUGGCUCUCAAAAGGAGUUGGAGAGGUUUUUGUCAGUCACACCUAUAAUGGAAAGUGGACCCCAAAAUAGUCAUGACAUGAAUAUAACAUUUCUGAUAAAGCAUGCUGAGACCAAUGACUUAGAGCCAAUGGUUUUCUCAGCCUUUCAUCUUUGAGUUUUAUCACCGUUGCCUAAGGGGCCUGGGUUCCUAAAAGGAAAGAGGGAGAGAGCAAAGAGAUGAGUGGACAGGCCCCUGCAGUACAUUCCUACCCUUUCCUGCCUGAUGUCUCUACCAACCCAGGUGUCUUGCUCUCUCAGCCCUCUCCAACUAGUGCUGGGAUCUGGGUAUUGUUCACCAGGCCUCUUAGCUGUGCACAGUUCAGAGAUCAGCAAAAUCCAUACCACCACUGAGAUCUCAUUUAUUGCCACAGAUGCACAAAAUAAAUAACCCAACAUUGCACAA